AUGGGAAUUACUGCUGAAAACAUAGCAAAGAAGUUUAAUAUUAGUAGAGAAAUGCAAGAUGAAUAUGCAGUAAAGUCGCAUCAAAAAGCAAAUAAAGCACGAACGGAAGGAUAUUUUAAAGAAGAAAUAUUACCAGUAGAAAUUAAGGUAAAGAAAGAUAUAUUGAUGUUUGAUCAAGAUGAAGGAAUUAGGCCUAAUGCUAGUUUAGACGCUUUAGCUCAACUUCAACCUGUUUUCGAAAAAGAAGGAACAGUCACCGCUGGUAAUUCUUCUUCUAUUAAUGAUAGCGCGGCUUGUGUAAUGGUAGUAUCGGAAGAAGCAUUAACUAAAUAUAAUUUGCAGCCUCUUGUUAGAAUAGUAUCUUAUGCUAGCGCUGGAGUAGAUCCUAAUAUUAUGGGAACCGCACCUGUUCCGGCUUCCCUUAAAGCUUUAGAAAAAGCCGGAUGGAAAGUAAAAGAUUUAGAUGUAAUAGAAGCAAAUGAAGCUUUUGCCGCUCAAACUAUUUAUGUUAAUGAACAUAUGA